GCUGCAGUUAGUGAAUGUACGAACAUGCUGGAAAAGGUACCUGUGUGAGAGAAAUCUGGGAGGUUCCUCUGGUGUGCUGCUUCAGUAGUGAAGAGCUAGGGAAGAGGUGCUGCUGGCUCCUGCAAAACUGAUCGGUUUAGUCCUGCGGUGACUCCAUAGUGACAGUAUGGCACAGCUGCAGAAGUCAGAUUUAUUUAUUCACACUCAUAUAAUAACUGAGAGUUGCUUUCACACCUUCUACAGUGUGAUCCCUCUCACUCUACUUCCUGUGCUACUGAUAUUAGAAGAAAUAAAAAGGUAAGCCACAUGAAAACAGAGCUCUUAAUUCUUUCCCACCAGCUUUCACUUCUCUAGUUCUUCACAAAUAGUGCUGUCUUUGUAGUCACUCUGGGCCAGCAGGCAGCCUGGGCGCUUAAAAAGUGACAAAACUGGCAGGAGAUGGGAGGAACACCUUUAUUCCAAAGUGUUAGAGAACAUGGACAUACUGGAAAGAAUCUACCAAAGAAACACAAAAUCAGAUCUGGACACUUAAGCUGUGUCUAAUUCCUGUUAGUUACUUUUCAGCUAUGCAGACUGUAUUCUUAGGUAAACUCCCUUGUGAGUAUAGCAAAGUCUCUCUCUCUGAGCUUGAGAGUUCUCUUUAGACUUCUCUAUUCAUUUCAAGCAUUAGGAGAGACGUUCUGCCUCUUGUCUUGCUCGGCUGUCUUAUGCCUUCCCCAUCCUUUCAAGCCCAUGUUCCCUAUCUUGCUGUCCACAGGACCUACCAAGGAUUGGAAGGAAUCUUGUGGGUGCAAUAUGCCACCCUUACAGGCAAGUGAAGAAAUUUGCAGAAAUAUCCAAUCCCUUCCCCAAUAUGUGCAUUGUAACAAAUUGGCCACUCUGUGUCAGGUAAGCAUCCUCCCGUGCAAUCAUUUCUUGAAUUUAGAACAUGUCACCAGAAGGGGGAACAAUCAUCCCUGUAGCAGUCAUCCCAACUCCUUUGUUGAGCAUGCCCAAACAAUUAUUGGAAAUUAACUGUAGGGUACUGUGCUGAAGAAGUACAGCCUGAGCCUGACCAAUAUCCCCAUUCUGAGCAUGAUAGGGAAGGGAUCAGAAAGUGGAUUAAAACAAAAACCAGCCAACUAUGCAACUAGGAGAUUUCUUGGGGUGCUGGAAACAUCUGUACUCCCCACCACAGAGUCACAGAAUCUUUUAGGUUGGAAAAGACCCUGGAGAUCAUUGAGUUCAACCAUUAACCUGACCCUGGCAAGCCCAGCACUAAACCAUGUCCCUAAGCUCCACAUCUGCAUCUUUUUAAAAUACUUUCAGGGAUGGUGACUCAACCACUUUGCAGCCACCCUCAGAGUAAAAAAGUGUUUCCUGAUGUUCAGAGGCAACACCUUCUGUCUUUCAGUUUGUGCUCAUGGCCUCUUGUCCUGUCACUGGGCCCCACUGAAGAGUUUGACUAUUUUGUAGCCUCCCUUCAGGUAUUUAUAUACAUUAAUUGGAUCCUCACCAAGUCUUUUCUCCAGGCCAAAUAGUACCAGAGCUCUCAGCCUUUCCUCCCAGGACAGAGGGAGUUUGGUUCCUUUAUCCUCUUUGUGCCCCUUUGGUAGAUUCUCCUGAGUGUGUCACCUGUCUCCCUAGUACUGAUGCCCGUUGAGAUGUUGACUUGGAGGGACUUGAGGAAUGCCAGCUCUCAGUGCCUGCCUUGUGUCUCAAGCACAGUCACACUGGUAUUGGGUAUAGAGAGAGUUCCCAGUUUGAAGUGGAAUUGUCCAAAGCUCACAAGGCUUCCUUUUCAAACCUGUGCUGUCCACCUGUACUUCCUGUCUGACAGCAGUUGAGCUGUCAGUUUGUGGUAGCCAUUGCUUAUCCCACUUUUCACCGUGUGCUCUCACUAUUCACCUUUCUUACCUUGUGCUGUCAUCAUCCCUGCUUCUGCCCUGAAGGGAGCUCCUCAGAGCAGCAUGAAUCCUCCCAAUUCCUGCAUCGGGGUAACCACACCCUCUUGCACUGGCAACAAUUAGAGUACCCCUGAACUUUUGUGAUUAAUCACCUUUUCCAUUAGCAGCUGUUCUUGAGACAUCCUCUAUCAGGUUAGAAAAUAAAAGCUGCUGCAUUUCCAGUGCUCUCCAUUCCGUUGUAAAUUUGGUUAUCUUAGCAGUUGGAGGUAGAGGUAGCAGCUUCAUAUUUCUUGCCUUCUGAAUAUAGCCUCAGGCUUCCUGUUUCACAGCCCUGUUGUUCAACAGCCUGAUCGAAACAUCCUUUUGUGCACACUCCUUGCUUUGGCAUGGAGGCAAGCAGAUCAGAAAUUUCUGCAGCUGAUGAGAGCGAGGAAGUAACUUAUACUUCUGUCAAAUUCUCUCAGACUCCUCCUCCAAGGGCCAAAGCUCCACAGGGGAAAAGAGCUUCCCGUCUGUGGUCAGCAGUUCUGAAGGGCUUGGCCAUAGGCUUUGGCACACUGAGCAUCUCCCUGGCAAUUGCUUUGAUUUGGAAGAUGAGUGACGGCCACCCACACUGCCCUCAACAGUGGGUGGCCUACAGAGAGAGCUGCUACUCCUUCUCCACAGAGAAGAAGGACUGGAAUUCCAGCCAGGAAUCCUGCAGGGCACAGGGAGCUCACCUUCUGGUGAUCAGUGAUACCUUGGAGAUGGAUCUGUUCAAGCGUAUUCGAGUAGAAUGUUUCUGGAUUGGACUGAGGAACAGUACAAGCUUUGGAUGGAUUUGGGAGGAUGGCUCUGUAUUAAGUGAUGCCAGGGUCCACUCUAACAGCCCUGUGCAAAAUUGUGCUGUCCUGAUGGAAGAUCAGAUUCGUGCCUCCAGCUGUGAAGUUCCGGCUCUGUGGAUCUGUGAGAAAAAGCUUAGAUAAAUCCCAUGUGCUUUUUCAUCUCACAACGACCUCAAAAGUGGUAUGAGUUGAUCACUGUCCUGCAAACUGAAGAGAGCAAGGACUUGCCUUUUCCAUACCCUCACUAAAGUGUUUUACAAGGACAGGUUUGUUGUCCAUAAGGGUGAGUUACUCUCAGCAAUAGAUUUAUUCUCCAUCCACAAGUGUUGGAUUACUGUUUUUUGUGACCAGAUGAGACCUGAGACAUAUUCCCUGGUCUACCCUUUCCCUUAUUUAUCCUAUAAAGGCAAAUAAAAGCUUUUUCACAACAGGUGUCUUCAGACCUCUGAGGAGGACCUAGUCAUUUUCCCUCACUUCUUAUAUCAGAUUUCAUUUCCAUUCCCUGCAACUCCAUUGUCUGAUAUCAGAAGGACCAGAAAAAGGAGGCCUGCUGUUCAUUGACUGAAAAAUAUAAACAUAUUUCUCCUGGUGGCAGCUUCUCCUUUUUCAUGACAGUGGUAUGAGUGGGAGAGAAGAAGGUGAAAUAAAACUGCAACUUCUGGAAAUCCAGCAGUGAAAAUAAAUCUCGGACUGCACUGAACCAAAA